GCGGCGGCGGCGGCGGCAUCAGCAGCAGCAGCGCCAGCAGCAGCGGCAUCAGCGGCAGCGUCAGCACCGGCCUGGAAACACUCACCGAUCGACAAUAUAUCGUAAUCGCUAGCGAAAAGCAAACAAAAGUCUUCGAUGUGGCAAAUCAAUGCUGCAUCAAUCGCAUACAAUUAUCGGAAAUGGAUUUUGCAGUCAAGGCAGAAACUAUCACGAUGAAAGAUGGCACUUGCUUAGCAACCUAUCUUUCGAAUGGCCAUCUAAUGGUACAUAGUCUUCCUAGUCUCAAACUGUUGUUGGAUACUGAUUUCUUACCGCUAAUGGAGUUAAGUUUUCAAACCAAAUGUAAACAGGGAAUUGUGGAUCCAAUGCUAUCGAUAUGGGGUCAACAGAUCAUUGUUCAUGAAGAUACAACUCAAAUAUCAAAAAUAUUUUGCUUUAGUCAUAAAGGUCAUGGAUUGUACAUGGCAUCGCCCACCGAAAUUCAGAAAUUCACGAUAUCAUCGGAAUUUUGUCAAUUUAUAUUGGAGAUGAUGGGCGAGUUAUACACGGUACACGAGAUGCCCGAACAGCCGAAGGAGGGUUUCUUUAAGGGUCUAUUUGGCGGCGGCGCCAAGCAAUUGGAUCGCGAGGAGUUGUUUGGUGAACAGAGCGGUAAAGCGAAUCGUUCGGUUGCUAGGCAUAUACCCGGCACAAAUAUGGAUCAGAUGGGACAACGGGCCUCGACGGCCGCAUCCGAAAUAAGCCGGGCCCAUCAGCUGGCAAUGGAGCGGGGCGAGAAAUUGAAUAUGUUGGAGGAGCGCGCCGAGCGUAUGUCGAAUACGGCUCAAGAUUUUAGCGGUACAGCGCAUCAAUUAAUGCUUAAAUAUAAAGACAAAAAGUGGUAUCAGUUGUAAAAUAUCUAUUUUAGGAGCCAAUUCUACCACAGUUAUUGUAAUAUUGCUUUUAUAACACUUUCUACUACAUUACGAGUAAAGUACACUUAUUUAAUUUCUGUUUUCAAGUCGUCACGUUAUUUACAAAAACAACCAAAAACAAACAAAAAA